AAAAAUGGACCGAAACUCAGCGAAUAAUUGGAACGCAGACAUGAGAGAUAUGUCUUUAGAAAGCUUGAAGUGUCUACUUUUAAAAUCAGUAAUAUUGUUUACCACAUGAAAUAACAUCAGUGUUUGUUGCCUGCGUUUAUGUUUUCUUUCGUUGACCGUGAUUGUUUUGUGUUUCAUGUGCGGCUUCCUCCUACUGAAAAUGAAAUCUGAAGCAUUAUCAAAAGACAAGAACCAGCCUGGAUCAUGACCGCUGACUGCUAAGACGAGAAACCCUCCAGAAAUAACAAGAGCUCUCCUUCUCUCACUCACUCACUCACUCCUCCUGUGUUUCUGCCAUGGCGGACGCAAACAUCUCUCAGGUGGCAGCCGUGUACGUGAACCCUCGUAGUCAAGUUCCCGUUCUGGACGUCCAUGACGCUUACACGGACUUCUACGACAUGGACUAUGGCGUUCCUGCUGACGAGAUGCCGGACACCACGCAGGGGCUGGCCUACUUCGUGGCCACCAUCGUCAUCGGAGCGGUCCUGAUCUGUAUCAUGUUGGUGUGUGGCUUCGGAAACUUGUUGUUCAUCGCCACUCUGGCCCGAUACAAAAAACUCAGGAACCUCACCAACCUGCUGAUCGCUAACCUGGCCAUCUCCGACUUCAUCGUGGCGGUGGUUUGCUGCCCUUUCUUGGUGGAUUACUAUGUGGUCAAGCAGCUCUCCUGGGACCAUGGGAAAGUGCUGUGUGCCUCCGUCAACUACCUCAGGACUGUGUCUCUGUACGUGUCCACCAAUGCCUUACUGGCCAUCGCCGUCGACAGGUAUAUGGCCAUCGUUCAUCCCUUGAGGCCCAGAAUGAAGCUCCAGACCGCAUACUGUCUCAUCACCGGGGUGUGGGUCGUCCCGAUGUUCAUUUCCAUACCGUCUGCAUACUUCGCGUCCGCCACCAAAGUCCCCAACGGGGCGAACCGCAGCAAGACCUUCUGCGCCCAGAUCUGGACGGUGGACCAGCAGCUGUACUACCGCUCGUACUUCCUCUUCAUCUUCGCGGUGGAGUUCGUGGGGCCGGUGCUCACCAUGGCCCUGUGUUACCUGCGCAUCUCCCGGGAACUCUGGUUCAAGAGCGUGCCGGGUUUCCAGACGGAGCAGAUCCGCAAGCGCCUGCGCUGCCGGAGGAAGACGGUCAUGGUGCUCAUCGGGAUCCUCACGGCGUACAUCCUCUGCUGGGCUCCGUACUACGGAUACACAAUCCUGCGGGAUUUCCACCCGACGCUCAUCUCGCGGGAGCGCAACUCCCUGGUGGCGUUCUACAUCAUCGAGUGCAUCGCCAUGAGCAACAGCAUGAUCAACACCUUCUGCUUCGUCAGCGUGAAGAACAACACGGUCAAAUACUUCAAGAGGAUCGUUCUUCUGCGCUGGAAAUCCACAUACACCUCCGGGAAGACCGUGGAGGAGACGGACAUCCAUCCCAACCUCCUCGAAUGUAAGAAGGGAGCCGAACUGAGUGGUUUUCACGUCACCCACAUUACAGACGAUUAAAGAGUACUGGUAACACUAUAGAAUAAGGUUCAUUAGUUAAACAACAUCUAACAAGAACACUUCUUGCAGUAUUUAUUAAUCUUUCUUAAUGUUAAUACAGCUGAUAAUGUUAGUUCACAUCAACUAAUGUUAACAAAUACAACCUUUGAUCAUGUCUUAGUAAAUCUUAAAAUUAAUAUUAAAUAAGAUUAAUUAAUGCUGAAGUAGUGCAUUUCAUUCUUAGUCCAUGUUAGCUAAAGUAAUUAACUAAUGAACGUUAUUGUUGUGUUACCAGAUGUUGUUUAUACUGGCAUUGUCUUGUGACUGUUGUUAUGUUCUCGUGGUUUUAGUCAAUUUCUUUCCUGUGAAAUUCUUUGUACAGUAUGUAUAAGCGAUCAUUUCAGUUGUUUUGCACAAAUGUAUUUUAUGAGUAAAUGAACUGAUCAGCAUAUUGUAAAGGACGUAGGUAAAAUAUAAAACUACUGACUUUCUUUUUUACUGAACAACAUUUUGUUUGUUUUUUGGCAACGCUUUACUUAAAAGCUUUAUAUAUAAUGCAUUAUAAAAAUGUUUAAUGCAUCAAUUAUGCUCCUUAUCAUGUAUUAUGAUCUCAUGAAUAAUUUCAACCACAAUUAUAAUACAUUAUAAUACUUAUCUAUUCAUUGUUACACCUUUAGAAAGUAUAAUGCAUUAAAGCACAUGAAAAUCAACCAAUUUCAUAUGCAACAAGGAAUCUGCAAAUAUUAUAAUGCAUUUUAACUUUGGUUACUACGAUUAUUUAUGACUUUUUUUUUUAUUCACUCAAAAGGUAAAUCUAUUUCUCUUAGGAGAAACCGAGUGGGAUUUUUUUACUUCCACAACUUUAAAGCUCUAUUUAUGAAAAAAAUUUCGGCAGUAUUUGUAUAAAUACAAUUAUAGACUCAUUGAAUCACCACUCAGUAAUUUACUAUCAUGCAUUACAGAUUAUUUGAAAAUGAUAAGCAGGAUCUUUUUUUAGUGGAUGUUUUAUAUUUGGAAGAAAUUAUUUUUUUUCCAUAGUUCUGGAAAUGUGGACAUUUGCUGUCUUUUGUGUUGUUAAUACAGUGUCUGCAUGCAAUCUAGCCAAAUAAAGUUGAACCUGAGAA